GGGUUUGAGAUGCCGGAAGUUGCGCCUUCAUUACUCGCCGUUUCAAAAUGCUGCCGAGGCCGUGGGCUCUGUGACAGACGCUCCUUCCCCUGGGCUCGGCAGAAGAGCGACUCAUGGAGCGGCUGUGAGCUAAAUUAAUUUACACGUUCAUGUCGGUGUGGAGGUUGGAGCAUGCCCAAACCUGUUUCUGCUGCUGGCUUCACCUGAGGGAAGCAUAGGUGUUUACUCUUCAUUCAACGCUUCGGUUUUUGGCAGCGUUUUGGACUAGAAAGUGACCCAGAAGCUUUAUCAACAGACUGCACUUUCUUCACUGCCAAAAUGACGUCCCUUUCCACCUCCGUCCAGUGUGCGUCAUCUGCCAGUGCUUGCAGGCUCUCUGCAGAACACAUCACUCAGGUACGACCAAAACUGCCACUUUUGAAGAUUUUGCAUGCAGCAGGUGCACAGGGUGAGAUGUUCACUGUUAAAGAGGUCAUGCAGUAUCUAGGCCAGUAUAUAAUGAUGAAGCAGCUUUAUGAUCAGCAGGAGCAGCACAUGGUUUAUUGUGGUGGAGAUCUUUUGGGAGAACUGCUAGGACGUCAGAGCUUCUCCGUGAAAGAGCCAAGCCCUCUCUAUGAUAUGCUAAGAAAGAACCUUGUCACUUUAGCCACUCCUGCUGCAGAUGCUGCUCAGACUCUCGCUCUCGCACAGGAUCACAGUAUGGAUAUUCCAAGCCAAGACCAACUGAAGCAACGUGGAGAGGAGAGUGUGAGCUCCAGGAAAAGAACCGAAGAAGGCAGUGUUCCCAUGCUGCCUACCUCACAGCAUAACUGCAGAAAUUCAAGAGAAGACGAAGACUUGAUAGAAAAUUUAAGCCCAAAUAAGAAAUCUGGCCUGGACCUCGGGUUUGAGGAGUGGGAUGUAGCUGGCCUGCCUUGGUGGUUUUUAGGAAACUUGAGAAACAACUAUACACCUAGAAGUAAUGGCUCAACUGAUUUACAGACAAAUCAGGAUAUAGGUACUGCCCUUGUUUCAGACACUACAGAUGACUUGUGGUUUUUGAAUGAUUCAGUAUCAGAGCAGUUAGGUGUUGGAAUAAAAGCUGAAGCUGCUGAUACUGAACAAACAAGUGAAGAAGUAGGGAAAGUGAAUGAGAAAAAGGUGAUUGAAGUGGAAAAGAAUGACGACUUUGAGGACUCUAAGUCCUUAAGCGAUGAUACUGAUAUAGAAGUUACCUCUGAGGAUGAGUGGCAGUGUACUGAGUGCAAGAAAUAUAACUCUCCAAGCAAGAGGUACUGUUUCCGUUGCUGGGCCUUGAGGAAGGAUUGGUAUUCGGAUUGUUCAAAGUUAACCCAUUCUCUGUCCACCUCUGAUAUCACUGCCAUACCUGAAAAGAAGGAAAAUGAAGGAAUUGAUGUGCCUGAUUGCCGAAGAACCAUUUCAGCUCCAGUUGUUAGACCUAAAGAUGGAUACAUAAAGGAAGGAAACGCCAAACCUCUUGAUCCCUGCAGCUCAGUGGACUUCUUGGAUUUGGCUCACAGCACUGAAAGCCAAGAGACCACCUCAAGCAUGGGAGAGCAGUCAGAUAACCUGUAUGAACAAAGGACAGAUGCAGAAAACAUGGAGGAUUGCCAGACUCUCUUGAAGCCAUGUAGCUUAUGUGAGAAAAGGCCACGAGACGGGAAUAUCAUUCAUGGGAGGACAGGUCAUCUUGCCACGUGCUUUCACUGUGCCAGAAGAUUAAAGAAGGCAGGGGCUUCUUGCCCUAUUUGCAAGAAAGAGAUUCAGUUGGUUAUUAAGGUUUUUAUAGCGUAGCUGAAUCUGUGAGUUGCAGAGAAAUGUAACAGGGCCAGGUCAGGAGUCAAAACAUCAGUAUUGAGUGUCUCUUCUUAGUUUGACCCAGUGCAUCCAUUCGUUCUUUUAUGAACAUCUGUGUUCUGGGGCAUUUUUGCCACUUAAACUCAUAUGGAAUGUCCUUAGAAUUAGAGGAUCAAUUUGGAGAGACUAUUAACAUGCAAAGAUACGUUAAUCACUUCAUUCUCCCUCCAGAGAUAGAUAUCUGGGAGGAAGCAAUUACCAGUAAAACAUAAAAAUACAUUCAUUCCUUUGCCAAAUUAUUUGAAAAUUAAUCCUUGCUUUAGUUAAUUUUUUUUCCUACCUUUCUCUUCUUUUGUUAGGAAAUACUCUUAGGCAUCAAAAUCUGUGGCAGCUAUUAGAAUAAUCUUAAAGGUAACAGUGAGAGAAAUGUGGGUAAUUUGAUUGGUUGGUUUAUAUCGGGGUGUGGAUUACUUCGGAGCCCUGCUGGCACGGUGGUUAAGACCUGUGACUGCUACCAAAAGGUUUGCAGUUUGAAUCCACCAGCCGCUCCUUGGAAACCCUACGGGGCAGUUCUACUCUGUCCUGUAGGGCUGCUGUGAGCUGAAUCGACUCCAUGGCACCAGGUUUGGUGAGUUUUGGUUUUUUAUGGAUCACUUUAAGUUCCAGUCAAGCUGCAUGAUUCUAAGAAACCAAAAUGAAAAGUCUUGGAAAAAAAGAUUUCUUUCCUGUGUACCUAGAAUAGUGGUUAUCAUUUUUGCUAACAUACCCCUGAAAGAAUUUUGAAAAAGUAUAUGCCUGUUUACACAUUUUUUAAAAAAUGGGGUAUAAUUAACAUACAAUAAAACUUUCUCUUUCGAUGAGUAAAUAUCAACCAAAAUAAGCUGUGGAAGGUUUCCGUCAUCCCACAAUACUCCCUCAUCCCCCUUUCCAGGCAGUCCCUUAACCUUUUCUUGACCCACCCUGGCUUGGCUUCCUUUUGCUCAUCUUUAAUUUCACAUCUAAGUUUUAAAAAGAAAUGUAAGUACUUGAAAAGGAUAUACUAUUCAACAUAUGUGCUUUAAAGAUAUUUUUAUCAAAGCCUUGGCACUAUAGAUCUGGCUGAUAAAAUUUAUAGAAAAAGUCCUGUCAUACAUGGAGGCAAGCUUGUCCUCAUUUUAAAAUCGAUCAGCUAAAUCAGGCUUCUCUUUCAGUGAGAAAAUGUCUGGCUUUAUUUUUAAUUAAUAAAUGCAAUAAUGUAUGUCUCAGGCAUACCCUCUCAGUUAUGAAAUAGAGAGGCACAGAGCUUUUAACCAAAACUCUCUGCUGUACUCUCUGUCCUCACUGUUCCUUAGGAGGGCAGUGGGUUUUUUUGACUGCAUGGUUCCUGUAGAGGUUUCUACAUUCUGGGACAAUACCCACAGUUAAGAUUGUGGAUGCGGAGCCUUUGUUUUUCCUGUGUGUGUGUGUGUUUUGAGAACAGAGAGUAUGCCUCAAUUUUAGGACAAUAUAUAUGGGAAUUGAAGGUCUUUAAAUUGAUUUCCUUGUAGCUAUCCAUGUCCGCUUACCCCAUGGAAAAAUCUUGGUGUGUCUUCAAAGGUAUGCAUGUUAUUUUGAAGAUCAAGGCUCUAGGAUAGUCGUUCUUGGGAAGCGGAAGACUCACCUGAGUUGGCUGUUAAAAAUGCCCACCCUCGGCAGAAAUUUGGAUCCCUGAGGUCUGGGCCAGGAGUUUGCAUUUGAACUAGUCGCUAGAGCUGGGGAGCACUGAGGUGAGUGGUCUACUGGCCACAUUUUGCAAUCCCUGCCCCUAGAAGAGUUUCUCUUUCCUGUUUUUUUGAGUACCAAGCAGAAAACGGGCAGCACCAAGAUCUCCUUAUUUAGCAUAAUAUUUAGUUUCUAGAAGAGAGUUAUUAAAAUCACAGAUUUUUUUUAACUAGAAUAUGCUUAUACUCAAACCCUCUUAUUUUGCACAUGAAGCUUAAAAAGGUUAUAUGACUUUACAGAAAGCACAGCUAUUGAUAGAGCUGUUACUAGAAUCCAAGUCUCUUGGCUAGUAAAUCUUUACACCUGCCUUCUCUUUUUUGUUAAAUAUUUUAAGUAGUGGUGCUCAUUGAAUUUGGGACAGCUAAAAUAUAGGUCAUCUAAUAAAUGGUGUUAGAGAUUAUGGCUUGUGGCCUAAAUAGGUCUUUAAAGAGAACAGUGACUUUUAAUACUUUAUGUCUCCCCACAGAGAAAGGGCCCAGGAAAAGUCAGACUUUCUCAUCUAAUCAGAUAAAUUACUCCUCCCACUGGGAGACAGGUCGAGGGACCUGAACCAUUUUCUUCAAUAUUCCUCUUUCUUUCUUGGGGAAUGAAGCUCCAGUCUGGCUCUCUAGGCAUUAGAGUCAGAGGGUUUUCCCCCAAAAAGCAGAACCAACUUUUUGAAUUCAGUGUUUUGUUAGCCAUGGUGAGUGGUCUAAAACUUCAGAAAGUUAACUUCCUCCCUGUUGCCCCCAGUGAUGCUGUCUUCAUAAUAGUUGGAUAGUCUCCUUUUUUUUUGCCAGUCAGGUGCUUUUGCAAGUGAUAAAGGGGAUGGGGGGGGGAGGGAUGGGGGUCUGCACUUGCUGUCCCACAAUCCCCUUAUAUAAAGUUGCAAUUUUUGUAAAACUUAGAAGAAUUUUAAAAUUUAUGUGUGUAGAUAUUUGAGGCUAAUUUCGGUACAUCCUUGCCCAGCAGAGCCCUCUUUGUCGGCACCCCCACCCCGCCCCCGCUGCUGACCUGGGUCUUGCCCUGCGCCCAUCAGCACUGCUGACCCUCACCUUUAGCUGUAGGAAACUUUAAGCCGCCUUCUUGGUUUUUGAUUUUGUUCUUUUUGCCUUGCCACUGCCAUACAGAUAUUUUUAACUCACUGCCACCAGAGCGGGUCAUGAUUCACAUGUGAAGUCUUCAGAAUUUAUUACUGUCAGAUAAAGAAAAAAGCAACUCUUGACUUCCUGACACUACCAUUCAUCUUUUUUUUUUUUUUUAAUUAUUGUUUACUUGCGUUAUUUGGGGAACACAACGUGAAAUAAUAUAAUUUUAAAAUUACCAGGUAUCAAAUCACUGAUACUCAGUGUCAUUUCAUUCUAUGGUACUUUUUUACUUUUUGAAGCCUAAUUUACAUUUCAUAGAGGCCACGUGAAUUGGCACCUAUAGGUAGAUAGGAUAUAUAGCUAGCUAGCUGCAGAGCUGCUGCCUAGCUGACUUCGGCUCAUGGCAACCCCACAUACAGCAGAAUGAAACAUUGUCUGGUCCUGCCUCACUCUCACAAUUGCCAGCAAGUCCAAGCCCAUCAUUGCUGCUAUCGUGCCAGUCCAUCUCACCAAGGGCCUACCUUGCCUUUGAUGGCCCUCCACUUCACCAAAAAUCAUGUUUUCAAGUGAUCCUUCCUGAUGAUGUGUCCAAUGGAAGUGAGGCAGACAAUGUUCUGUGAUCCAUAGGUUUUCAUUUGAGCUAAUUUUUGGAAUUAGCUCGCCAGGCCUUUCUUCCUAGUCUUUCUCUACUAUUCAUUUUUUCGUUGUAGGUAGGGUGACCAUAUGCUCUGGUUUUCUGGAGACAGCCCCAGUUUACCCCUCUCCUUCAGUGUCCCACCCCGUUUGUCUCCUCUGACUCUGAAGCCUUUAUUUGGACGUUAAAUUUUGUGGUCACCUGAGUGUGGGCAAGCUGUGCUUGAGUUUACAGUUUGAUUUUGAGGAAGCGUGUGUCAGUGGUGUUCAGUGCUUCCUGCUGCUUCACUCCAUAGACUCCUGUGAAUAAUGAGAUCAUCUGACAACAUCAGAUUUCUUAGUGUAGUUUCAUUUAAGUUAAUAUUUAUGAUCAUGUAAACUGGACAGAAAGUCUAGAGCAAAAAUGAUAAAUCAUUAGAAAAGCAAUGAAUUUCUGGAUUACAGCUACAAGGGUUUCCUGUCUCUCAAUAUUAACUCGCUGUCUGGCAUUGUGCUUACAGUGUGUGAUAUGAUUUGUAUUUAGUAACCAAAUCAGACUUUAUAAACAUCUUAGAUGAAGCCUCUCAGCGGCCUGGCCAUCUCUCCACAGCCCGUCUUUAGAACUUCAUAGGGUCACACUCCUCGGCCUGAACAGUGGACUUGAGUACAGCCACGCCAAGCUACAGACUGCCAAGAACUGCACUAAGAUGAAUUCACUGCCAAGCAUUUGAAUGAUAUAGUUGUGUUUGCAUUGUAAUUUUAUGUAUAUUUAGAUGUAUGUUAAUGCUUUAUGGGACAUUUGGUUCAAGGAUUUAUUUCUAAAGGUCAGUAUCAUCUGUAGCAGAUUUUUUUGGUGUCACCUGAGUACAAUGUUGAAAAGUCGUUAAUGAAAAACUGGUGAAUAUUAGUUCUUGGAUUGUAUAAAAGCUAUCGCCCUGUUACCUCUUGAUUCUCUUUAGAAAGGAGGACAUUUAUUAACCAGUUGUUUUUUUCCACAGUUAUGUGAACUUUUGAAAGUACAUGGCUUUAGAUACUGUGAAUCUGUUUUCCGUGUAACCAGUUAUCUGCUGAAAUUGUUCAGCCCCACUGUAAAGAAGAAUGGAUUUUGAUGACCCCUGUUUGCCAGUACACGUUUGGGCACACACGCUGUAAGGGCUGUUACUGCCUUUGCUGAAAUGUCUGCAAACUAGGAGCUAGCUGUGCUCAGAACCUGUACUUAAGGUAAAGGAACUUGCAGACUCGUCUCUGUGCCAAAGGGACUGUGUUUACCGAUGUCGGGGACUUUGCACUGCCAUAGGGAAUGCUAAAGUCACUGUGCUGGGGUUCUCAGAUUUGAGAUUAGAGUUUAGCAGAUGAGGACCUUAAGGCUCAACUGGAAUUGAGAAGUAUCUGAGGUAGGGCUGAAGUGGCCUCCCAGGCGUAAUUUGAGGAUAGCUUUUCCUGAUUGCAUUGAGACGUGCUUUCUCUGGAGAGAGCUUUCCUUACCGCCCUCCAUUGCUACGUUCUUCCUUUGUAGGGACCUCCAGAUCUCUUCUCUCGUGGGAGAAUUUUCCAGAAGCAUUUUGAGGUCUUUUGAUUCAAUGAUCAUGCAAUCCAAGUAAUGACAUUCAUGGUGAAUGUGAUAUUAAAGAAAACAUUGCAGCAAACCUGCACUUUAGUUUACUGUGUUAAGAUCCUUUUGAAUGACAAAAAAUGUCCCAGAGGGAAGAAGCAUAUCUACACAAAGAGGUAGUUAAUGUUUUUUUGUAGCUUGUCUGAAAUCCAAGAUGCUGCUUCUGCCCACAGCUUGUUUUCCUUCAUGUUAGAACCAUCAUUUAUGUGCCCUGGGAGCAUAGAACAGCUAGUGGAGUUCCUGGUUUCCUGGGUUGGGAAGGUGAGGAGACCUAAACAGGGCCACAUAAGCUGUCAGAGCAAUUCCUUUCUCACAGUGGUUGCUGAAAUUUGGAAGAUGCUUUACUGAAAAUUGACCUUAUAACACUUUGAGUUUAUUAGGCCAUGAUUUCUUAUCCAGGUUUUGUUUUGUUAUAUUUGUACUUUAGAUGAAGGUUUAGAGGACAAUCUACCCAAAAACUCUAGCUUCUCAUUUAACACCACAGAUACUGUUUUAUGACAUUACUUAACCCCAUGUUUUCUUUUUUUUUUAACAGUAAGUAAUUUUAUGUCAAUAGAUCCCUUUUUUCCCCCACCUUAUUGUUGCUCUUAUUUCCUCUUAGUUGAAAGUUAUUAUCUACUUGUGACUAUUGCUUUUAUAGUAGAGGCCAUGUGUACCACCUCUUGGAUGGUUGUAACUACUGUAUCUUUAAGACAAGAUUUUCCUUUUCCAGGCAGCUCCAGGGAAUUUUCUUUUGCAGCCGCCUUAGGUGAGAAGGUAGGAGGGAAACUCUGACACCAGAGCUACUAUCUAACAGGUCACAGGUUGAGGUCAGAGGCCUCCUUCAUGCAGGCUGUGGGGAGCAGGCGGUGGGGAGCAGGGCACUUAUCUUCUCACUAAGGAACUGACGUCAGCUCCCCCUCCUCCUGAGGGCAGAGCAUUUUUUCCUACAGUUUGCUUCAGUUUUUCACUUCUCUUGUAAUAAGAAUCAAGAUGUCUCUUUUGACUAUUUUUCCUCCCACCUUUUAAAACCAGUAGAAAAUGCUUUAAAGGAAGGGUGUUUCCUGAUCUCCUUAACACCCAUGUAUGUAAAACCAGGCUCCGAGUGGGCCUCUCCUUCGACCAUAGAUAGCUAUGAACUGUUAAAUGCACUGUGAGCUGCCUUUUGGGUAGAGAUACGGCGUGAGAUUAUUCCACCAGUCUUGAGACCUAGCUCAGUCAUGUUUCUUGACCUUCCGCCUCUUUUUUUCUUACCUGUAAAAUGAGUACACGUACCUACCCUUUCUACCUCAUGGCUUGUUGUGGGGGUUAAGUAUGGGGGAGCAGCUUAAAACCUGUAAUUGCCUUGAAUAAGAUACAAGAAGUUAUGCUCUCAGUAGACCAAGCUCUGGGGUAUAUAUUCAGGAUACCUCGUAUUGUGGAAACAGCCCAGCUGUCCUUUCCUCCUGCCCGGCAGAGCUGAGGUGCUUCUUACAGAGUGUCUUCCCCACGCCUCUAGCUGGGCAAGACAAUCUUGUCCUUGAUGUGAGACUCUUGAUCAGAAAGAGCUCUGUCUCCAGGUUCUGAGAGAAGCGUGUGUACGUUUGGAUGGCAGAGUCUAUCCUGUACAACUGCCUUGCUCUAUGUACAAAAAUCCUACAUGCGCCUGAGUAACACAGCCUAAGAUCCACUGCCAGUGUACUGAAAACAUGCAAGUUUCCAAGUAACAUUUCUCAUCAGGUAGUCAGACUCAACAGAAAUAGCAAAUGUGGUUUUAUAAAGCAGGAAGGAAAAAGUUGUCUAAAAUCACCGUUUGAAUGGCAUCCAGCUCAGUACCAAGUGCAGGUUGGUGCCGACUAAGUGAGGAAGGAGGGAGAAAUGUGUUCUUGUCUCGUCAUCUUUAUAAGGCCCUCUGAGUUAAUAACUGUCUUUUUUGGCAUUUGCACUAUGUAUUACUUUUAAUGGCUGUUGAUUCUAUUUUGCUAUUUUGUGCAUUAAAUAUUUUUCGUUUUGCCUU